AUGAAGACGGCGGAGGAAGAUGUUAGGGCAUUGUUGAACACCAUAUGGAGGAACACAUUUCAAAAAUGGACCCGUAGGGAGAAGUUUGUCCCCGAAACUCGGGAGAUCUUCUACAACCAGCAGCUACCUGAACGUCUGAUCAACCACAAGACAGGGCAUAAUAAGGUCAUCUAUGAGAGAAAUAAAAUAAGAACAACCAAAUAUACACCACUGAACUUUGUCCCAUUGAACAUAUUCUUCCAGUUCACUAAUAUCGCCAACUCCUAUUUCUUGUUUAUUAUCAUUCUAGGUUGUUUCCAAAUUUUUGGCGUCCAGAACCCGGCAAUGCAGGCUGUCCCGCUUAUUGUGAUUGUUGUACUAACUGCAAUCAAAGAUUUGGUAGAAGAUUCCAGACGUGCAAUAUCAGAUCUUGAUAUGAACUCGUCGAAAGUGCAUAAGUUAGUGGGCAUACAGAACAACAAUGCUGCAGAGGACUAUCCCGGACCUUGGAGGCGAUUCAAGAAGGCUAUGACGAGGCAAACAAUAAAAGUGUUGAGACUUUUCAAAAGGAAGAAAAAGAAGCAAAACGCCAAUACGGCCGAAGAGGAAAUGUCCAAAGAGAGCAUGGACUUAUACACGCUACGGUCUAACACCUUGAGUACAAUCAAUUCCAAAGAGGGUGAAGUGGAUUUGCACAAUCCUUUAAGAUUUAAGACGACCCAAUGGAAGAAUGUCAUGGUUGGAGAUAUUCUAAGGAUUCGGAAAAAUGAAGAAAUUCCAUCCGAUGUAUUGUUAUUGAAAUCCAGUAACCAAAACAAUGUUUGCUACAUUGAAACGAAAAACCUUGAUGGUGAAACCAAUUUGAAGACCAAGCAGGCUAUGGAUUGCUCGUCGAGGCAGAUCCACAAACUAUUAGAUUUGGGGAGAAUGAAAUUCACCGUUGAAUCCGAACAACCAACCAAAGAUCUGUAUUCCUUCCACGGUGUUGCACAUUUUGAAGACGUUGAAGGAAUUCAAUCUCCGACAUCAGAGGCAAUCACAAUAGAUAAUGUGUUACUUAGAGGUUCCGUUCUAAGAAACACAAAUUAUGUUAUUUGUAUAGUACUAGCCACUGGUUCGGAAACCAAAAUAAUGCUCAAUUCAGGUGUUACUCCAACAAAGAAAUCAAAGAUAUCAUCAAACUUAAACUACUUUGUCUUGAUCAAUUUUUGUCUUUUAUUUAUUCUUUGUUUUGUGUCCGGGUUGAUCAAUGGUUUAUAUUAUAGGGAUAAGACGCAAUCUCGAUUGUUUUUUGAAUAUGCCCCAGACUCUCCAACAAAUGCUGGUAAUGGUACAUUGGCUUUUUUUGUUACUCUCAUUAUGUAUCAAACCUUGGUUCCUAUUUCUUUAUAUAUUACAAUUGAAAUCAUCAAAACGUUUCAGGUUUUCUUUAUCUACUCAGAUGUUCAAAUGUACUAUGAAAGGUUGGAUUUUCCCUGCACUCCAAAAUCCUGGGGUAUUUCAGAUGAUUUGGGGCAAAUUGAGUAUAUUUUCAGUGAUAAAACAGGAACUUUGACUCAAAAUAUCAUGGAAUUCAAAAAAUGUGCAAUUGCUGAUAAAUCAUAUGGAUUGUCUUAUACCGCUGCACAAGAAGGAUAUGAUAAGAGAAUGGGUAAUGUUGAUAUUGCUAAAAAGAAGGCGGAAAUCAAAGCCUCUAUUAAGCAACAGUAUGAUCAAAUGUGCAAAGCUUUAUCAAAGAGAAAUCCGUUUCUUAAACCUGAGAAAUUGACGUUUAUAUCAAGUAAGUUUGUUGAUGAGAUUGAAGAUAGGGCAAAUCAAGAUUUUUUGCUGGCAUUAUCGUUAUGCCAUUGUGCAGUCAUUGAACAUGAAGAUUUAGAGAAUAUGGACGAUGGUACUAUAAUAAACUACAGUGCGGAAUCACCUGAUGAGGUUGCUCUAGUUUCGUUUGCAAGAGAUAUGGGUGUUGUUUUCUUGGGUAAGGAAAACGAUGAAUACAUUGUCUAUCAAGAUGGCACAGAACAUAGAUAUAAACUUCUAAACGUUAUACCAUUCACCUCGGCACGUAAGAGAAUGUCAAUUGUUUUGGAAUUUCCAGACGGGACUAUUAGGAUGUAUAUGAAAGGUGCUGAUAACAUUAUUUUACAAAGGUGUGUUAAGGGGGAAUUCGAUAGUACGAUCAAUGAGAAUUUAGAAGAGUUUUCUGAAGAAGGACUGCGUACAUUGUGCGUUUCAUAUAAGGACCUUCGUAGAGACGAAUUCGACUCCUGGUAUGAGAGAUACUUUGAUGCCAGCAAAUUAUUGGAUGAGCAAAGAGAAAUCCAGAUGUCACAAUUGGCUGAUGAAUUUGAACAAGGCGUUAAAUUAAUUGGUGCAACUGCUAUUGAUGAUAAAUUACAAGAUAAUGUUCCUCAAACAAUCGAGACUUUAAGAAGAGCGGGUAUUAAAAUAUGGGUUUUGACUGGUGACAAAGUCGAAACUGCAAUCAGUAUUGGUUAUUCGUGUUCAAUGUUAAACAACAAUAUGGAUUUACUAAGAUUGCAAUGUGAAAAUAUUGAAGAAUUGGAAAAGACGGUGGACAAUUAUUUAGUUGAAAAAUUCAACAUAACUGAUGUUAAUGAUCCCAAACUUAUUAAAGCUGCUAGAAAGGACCAUUCGAUACCAAAUUACAACCAUGCAUUAUUAAUUGAUGGCCAAACAUUAACAUUAUUGUUUGAAGAAUGUGAACUGGAAAUUCAAUUGAAGUUCUUAAUGCUAUGUAAGAAAUGUUGCUCGGUUUUGUGCUGUCGUGUAUCGCCCUCGCAAAAGGCAGAUAUUGUGAGGUUGGUGAAGGACAAUCUCAAUGUCAUUACGCUUGCUAUUGGAGAUGGUGCGAACGAUGUUUCCAUGAUCCAAGCAGCUAAUGUGGGUGUGGGGAUUGCAGGUGAAGAAGGAAGACAAGCUGCAAUGUCAUCAGAUUUUGCGCUUGGACAAUUUGAAUAUUUACAAAGGUUGUUGUUAGUCCAUGGGAAAUGGUCUUAUCAAAGGUUAUCUAAGAUGAUACCGUUAUUCUUCUUCAAGAAUAUGAUUUUUGUUAUGCCGCUCUUUUGGUAUGGUAUUUUCAACAACUUUGAUGGUUCCUAUUUGUAUGAAUAUACGUUCUUGAUGUUAUUCAAUUUAUUUUUCACGUCAGUUCCAAUUAUUGCUCUUGCAACCUUAGAACAAGAUGUUCCAGACUAUGUUUGCUUGAUAAUACCACAGCUAUACAGAGACGGGAUUGAAAGUACAUUCCUAAAACAUGUUUUCCGGUUUUUGUAUGGUAUGUUUGACGGUUUAUAUCAGAGUGCAAUUGCGUUUUUUUUUCCAUGGUUAGCAUUUCGAACUGGCGGAAUCCAGACACGGAAUGGGUUAAGUAUUGCAUCUGCAUUUUCAGUUGGUACGUAUUCUGUUCACAUUGCAAUUAUCUCAUGUAAUUUGUACAUGAUUUUGAAGCAGAAAAGAUGGGAUAAAAUUACUGUCUGGUGUAACAUAGUUUCAAAUCUAUUGUUGUUUAUUUGGACAGCAUGCUGGUCGACUAAUAAAUGGGCGAAUAAAUAUUUUCAAAUCGGAUUGAGGUGUUAUCAAAGUGCUAAUUUCUGGGCAUGUGUUGCAGUUGGAAUACUAUGCGCAAUGAUUCCUGGACUGAUGAUUCAUAUUAUCAAGGUAAAUUGGUUUCCUGAUGAUGUUGAUAUGGUUCGUAGCAUGAUUGGAUUUAGCAUUUUACCCAAUAAAAGUGAGGAAGAGAAACACAGACAAAUUGAAGUCGCAAAAAGGAUUUGCGGCUAUGAUGAUAAUGACGAAGAUACCGAUAGUAGAUCUAGUGAAAAAGUAUAA